UCUCGCUGCGGACUGCCCGAGACGCGGCCAGUGUUACCAGGAGCCCCCGCCCAUCAGCUGCCCGUCGCGGCACCAUGAGGAUCGCGCUGCUCGCCUGCCUGCUGGCGCCAGUCCUGGCUGCCUCCCGCAACAGGCCGGGGCCCGUCUCCAGUCUGCCCGACUGGAUUGAAGUAUGUGGCAGAAACGACCCAGACCUUAACUUGUGCAUCAAGGAUAAACUAGUCAAGAACAUACGCAAAGCAAAAGACGGCAUCUCGGAGCUGGGCGUGCCGCCCCUGGAGCCGUUCGUGGUGCGGGAGAUGCUGGUGGAGUACCGGCAGGGAGACGUGGCCGGCAAGAUGCUCAUCAAGAACUCGCGCACCCACGGCCUCACCGACGUCAUCGUCGGUGAUGUCAGGGCCAACCUCGAUGACGGCGGCCUCUUCAGGAUGGAAGUGGAUGUCGGCUUCCAGCAGUUGUUUCUAGAGGGCGACUACAAGGCGCAGGGCAAGAUCAUCGUCUUCCCCAUCAAUGGCAAAGGCGUCUACAACAUCAGCAUGGCUGACGUGACCGCCACAUGGAACGUGACAGGCGAGUACUUCAGGAAAGCUGGAAAGAAAUUUCUGCGACUAACGCGCUUCGACAUGUUUCCUGAGGUCGGUGACAUGGAAGUCUACGCGUCCAACCUUUUCACUGGAAACGACGAGUUCAACAAAGCGGCACUGGCAUUUGCCAACGAAUUUUGGCCAGUGCUGUACACCGAACUGCUGCCGUUUGCCAAUGAGGGCUGGGACAAAGUGAUGAGGAACGAGGCGAACAAAGUGCUGGCGCGGAUACCUUUCAACCUGCUCUUCCCAGACGAGUAGGCCGGGGCACCCGCCACUGCAACGACAUGCUCCAACCUCGCGCCCGUCCACCUACUGCCAAUGUGGUCUCUCUCUCUCUCUCUCUCUCUCUCUCUCUCUUUCUCUCUCUCUCCCCUCUCUCUCUCCAUCUCCAUUCUCACCUCGAUCAAGCCCCACUUUCGCCUUUCGUCAAACGUUGUCACUACAAAUGUACUGCCUAUCCCAGUAUUCUGAGCAGUGCAAAUUACAGAAACAACUGACAUCCUACAAAAAUGUAGUGACUGCAGUUUCUUUGAAAUGCCUAGAAACAUUUUAACUAUUUGUGCAUACACUUACAAUAAGUAAUUAUACCCGUAAAGAUGACUGAUUGCAGAAGACGUUCAUAGUCCCAUUUGCUUACUGAACAAUAAUACUAGUUCUUAAAAACUGGAAAAUAGCAGAUUUGGGCGAUCAUCAGUUCACACCAUCAUAUGUUGACAUUCUAUUAUUAUACAUCCUCAGAUACAUCUACAAUAGGAUAGAGGGAUAUGUGAGUCCACAGAUAUAGACUGAAGUGGGUAUUUCAUUACUGCCCCAUUCUAAUUUAUCGUGUAAAUAAGAAUGUAAAUUUGUACAGCUUUUUUUAAGCUAGAGAAAAAUCACCUUAAGAUACUAACGUGCAGAUGUUAGUGAAGCGCUAAAAGUUUCACAGGGUGAUGUCUGUUAAGACUUAAAGUAUUUCAUAAUUGAUUAUGCAUAUGUUAGUCGAUCAAUGCAUCCUCACAUAGUGAAGAAACGGUGAAUGAAAAGAAUAUUAUAAAUUUCGGAAAUUUGCCUUGCGCUUGUGUCCUUCGGGUAUCUUACCUAAUUUUUUUUGUAAACGGAGAAAUCCAAGACAUUGUGAGUAAUAUGCAUUCAGAGGCUUAUGACUAACCAAACUCGCAAUUCUGCACGUAAUCACGGUGCCUUGCUAAAGCAGUUCUUCCUUUCAAAAAAUACGUUUUUUGCAUGAUGUCUAAAAAUGUAAAUUUGAAAUUGCUAUAGUAUAUAGUUGAUACAAAUGUAUAUAAAUAUGUUUUAUAUAUGUGAUAUGAAACCCAUGUGUAUUUAUAACUUAAUUAAUAAAGGAACAUUUCCUUGCCUCAA